CCGAAAUCGCACCACUAUUGCCAUGGAACUUGAAGACUGGGACGACCUCGACGCGGACGUGGCAGCGGCAGCGGAUGCUGCGAUCUCACAGGCAGACACGUACCACAUCUCCGUGGCGAACAUUAUGGCCACGUUUGAUCUAGCGACCAAGAUUGAUCUCAAAGAGCUUGUCAUGAAUGCGCGCAACGUCGAGUAUAACCCACGGAGGUUUCAAGGAGCGAUCAUGCGGCUUCGAGAACCCAAAUCGACGGUCAUUAUCUUCGGCACGGGCAAGGUCGUGGUCGUGGGCAUGAAAGCUGUCUCGGAGUUGGAGAUCGUGGCCCGUAAAGUUGAAAGCAUUGUGCGGAAAAUCGGGUUCACAGCGGCCACGGCGCAGUUCCUAUCCGUUCGAAACAUCACUGCCACGGCCAAGACGCCGUACCCUAUCCGCCUGGAAGGCAUCUUGACCCAACAUUCUUCAUUUUGCACCUACGAGCCAGAGCUGUUUCCAGCGUUGUACUACCGCAUGCUCGAGCCCAAGCUCUGUUUUAUCGUGUUUGUUUCAGGAAAAGUUGUCGUGUGCGGUGCCAAGGCGAUGGACGAGGUCACGGACGGGUUUGCAAAUCUGAUGCCAGUCCUGCGGCAACAUCGACCCCGCGGCUACGCAUGAUCCACAUCAGUAUUAAAAUAUAUUAUUUCAU